GUUAUUUACAGACAGACAGACAGAGAGAGAACGACAGGGACAAACAGACAAAGAGAUUAUUUGGACAAAUGUUUUCCGACCAGUGAGCGUGGGCAACACGUCUACCUGUGCACUUCAGGACACACAGUGGUUAAAACACCUGUCGUCCACCUGUAUCUGAUCUCCUUCCUGUGCUGCCUGUAGACACCAUUUCCCCGUACAACAUGACCAAACUUACCUGGUUUCUUCUUCGUACUGGCCAUGGUUGUUCAGAGCUGCUGAUCUCUCACUGCACCAGUUAGGAUGAACCUUGUGCUACCGGACCUCCCGGUGCCGCGCUCUAAGCCCUAACAACGGGUCAUGUGACACCUCUUUCAACACUAAUCACUCUGCUGAUAACCACGAAUCAGCGAGACACAGUGGAGGUGGGGGCCGUAUUGUGUUGGUAACCCGGUAGUUCAUGGAGAUAAUUUACCCAGUCCUUUAAAAUAAUCAAAAAUCUGAAGAAGAUUGGUCUAACAGAUAAAAAUAUCACAAAGCUCAUUGCCACAGGCCAUCAACGACACGUGGGGUUCAAAGAAAUGACGACAUCGUACAACAAAUCCUUAAUAAUGAAACAUUAGUUCAAGACUUGAAACCAAAUCACUUUAAAAAUGUAUAUAAUUUCACCAAUACAGAUGUUUAAAGUCAUGUUAUUACUUGGAAUAACAAAGCAUAUUUUCCUCUAUUCUCUGCACUGCGUCUUCAUGCAGGUAACAAGACUAUUACAAUAAUAAUAACUUUAGUUUUGUAAGUUGACCUUAUUUUUUCUAGCCAAAUUUCAAUAAUUACAAUAAAUGGUAUUGUAUAAUCUCUCUGAAAGUCAUCCAACAGUAAAUUGGUUUAUAAAUACAGGAAAAACCGCAAUUAAUUUUACUUCUGAACAUUUCUUGAGUCCUGACAGCCUUCCUCGUGUCUGAGCAUUUGUACAUGGCUCCCUGCUACACUGCAGCAGCAACAACAGGCGUCCAUGUAGACCACUAACUGACACAGAACGACCACUAGAUGGAUCCCAACACAAAGGAAAGGUGAGCCCAGAGUUACUGUACUGCUGCCACACCAAGCACCAAACACUCCUGAUACAUGUGAGUGAACACACUGUCUGCCACGUACAGGAUAAACACUCAUGAUGGCCAAGGAUACAACUAACAACCUCGGAUAUGUUUGUUUCAGGAGGAGACACCAUCGCCUCCAUCUUCACCAGUUUCCAAAGAAAAUCCACUUAUUUCAAGCAUUUCCUGGAAGUCUCUAUCUUGAUUCUCGUCUUGUUUUAACACAAAAGCUUAUUUCUUGAAAAUCCUUGAAACAAAGAAAUCUGGUAAACUGGUAGAAGUAGAAUGAACUCACAUUUUGUGGUACAAAUUAUUAGGUACACCUAGCUAAAGCUAAAGCAGGCUAAUACGUCAGUCCUGCAAAGAAGUACAUUUACAUCAGUGACGGUUGGCUAAAUAACAGAAGCACCUGUCAGCAUAACACAAUACAGUUCAACAGCACCACAAACUGCAGCCUGCAAAAUGAUCAACAGUUUCAACAAAAACUGAACACUGAAACCUUCAAGAAGGGAGGAUUUAUUGCAGGGUUGUUUUCAAUAGACGGCAUUAGUUUUAGCUAGGUGUACCUAAUAAACUGGCAGCCUUUAGAGUUAAAAAUGACACCAAAUAACGUUAGGAUGGAUGUUUUAAAGAGUGUCUGUCGCGUCUGGACUUGUUCUUUGACGCAUCACCAAAACAAACUCUAACAUCAGCUGGAUUCAAGUCCAGAAAACAAUUUUCCCAUCGGUCAGAGUGUGAAAUAUCUCCACGGGAGAAGAGUCCCAACUUAACGUGGUGUCAUACAAUAUUUGUACAAUGUCAGAUAUUAUAAAACAAAGAGCAGAAUUCACUCUCUAAUAACGUUAAGUGAUGGAAUUGAGUGGUGAGGUAAAAUUACUGUUUUUCUUAAUGGAGUCUGGUGGGCUGUAGCGGCCAUUUGUUUUGGUCAAGAUGCUGGUGCUGUAGUGCGACGUUUAGUGGCAGUGAAAGUCUCUUACAGCACCUUUAAAGUUCCAACUCAUAAUUAAGGUCAGCAACACCUCUUCACAUACCUUAUUCCUCACACCUGUUAGGUAUAGUACCACCUUUGCUCCAUAUUAAUCAGAGAAAGCCCUGGUGUUUCCCAAUAAUCAUGUAAAUCAGAGGGAGGAAACAAAGCCUGACCAACAGAGCUGCAGGACGAGGCGGAGCAACACUGGAAAGAGGAGAGCUUCAACGUCACACUCCAGAAAUGAAAGUUAAGUUUGUCAGAGUGGCAGCCACGCAGCAGUAGAGACAAAUCUCUGUUUCUCUCUAAAAGAAAAUUCAAACUGAGUUCAUCAGGUCUUUCUCAGCAACACAGCAGAGUCUCUGCCAAACACUGAUAUGGCUGCUGCGAACUAUCUGCGAUCUGAAGAUCAGUUUCUGUGCUCCAUCUGUCUGGAUGUGUUCACUGAUCCUGUCACCACACCAUAUGGACACAACUUCUGCAAAAACUGCAUCAGUAAACACUGGGAUACUAACGUACAGUGGGAUACUAACGACCAGUACCUGUGUCCGAUGUGUAAAAAGGUUUUCUACACCAGACCUGAGCUGCACGUCAACACUUUGUUGUCUGAGAUGGCUGCUCAGUUCAGACAGUCAGCUCAACAGGAAGCCAGCAGCAGCAGCUCAGAGACACAAGUGUCCAAACCAGGAGAAGUUUCCUGUGACGUCUGCACUGGAACCAAACUGAAGGCCCUGAAGUCCUGCCUGGUGUGUCUGGUCUCCUACUGUGAGACUCACCUGCAGUCUCACCUGACAGUGUUGGGCAUGAAAAGACAUCAGCUGAUCAACCCUGUGGAGAACCUGGAAGGCAGGAUGUGUACGAAGCACGAUAAACCUCUGGAGCUGUUCUGUAAGACCGACCAGACAUGUGUCUGCGUGCUCUGCCCUGUUUUAGACCACAAGACACAUGAUGUUGUUCCUCUGAAGGAAGGAUAUGAAGGAAAGAAGGCCGAGCUGGGGAAGACAGAGGCUGAAAUUCAGCAGAUGAUCCAGAAGAGACGACUGAAGAUUCAGGAGACCAAACGCUCGGUUGGCCUCGGUAAGGAAGAUGCAGACAGAGCGAUAGCAGAAGGUGUUCAGGUCUUCACUUCUCUGAAGGAGUCUGUUGAGAGAGGCCAGGCCAAUCUCAUCCACACGAUCAAAGAGAAGCAGAAAACAACAGAGAAACAGGCCAAAGCUUUCAUCAAAGAGCUGGAACAGGAAGUCUCUGAGCUGAAGAAGAGAAGGACUGAGGUGGAGCAGCUCUCACGCUCUGAAGACCAACUCCACCUCCUCCAGAGUGUCCAGUCCCUAAACACCCACCACCCACCAUCCACCAAGGACUGGACAGAGGUCAGCGUCCCUCCACCAUCAUAUGAGGGGACUGUGGUGAGAGCUGUGGCUCAGCUGGAGGAGACACUCAGUAAACAGAUGAAGAAGCUGUUUGAAGCAGAGCUGAAGAGGGUCCAGCAGUAUGCAGUGGAUGUGACUCUUGAUCCUGAUACAGCACAUCCCAAUCUCACCCUGUCUGAUGAUGGGAAAGAAGUGAAUCAUGGUGAUGUGAAGAAGAAUCUUCCAGACAACCCAAAGAGAUUUUCUACCAGUCGCUGUGUUUUAGGAAAGCAGAGUUUCUCUUCAGGCAGAUUUUACUUUGAGGUUCAGGUUAAAGUUAAGACUAAAUGGACUUUAGGAGUGUGCAGAGAGUCGAUCAACAGGAAGGGAAAAAUCACACUAAGACCACAGAAUGGUUACUGGGCGAUAUGGUUGAGAAAUGGAAAUGAGUACAAAGCUCUUGCUGGCCCUUCAGUCGGUCUCUCUCUGAAGUCUCAGCCUCAGAAGGUGGGGGUGUUUGUGGAUUAUGAGGAGGGUCUGGUCUCCUUCUAUGACGUAGACGCUGCAGCUCUUAUCUACUGCUUUACUGGCUGCUCCUUCACUGAGAAACUCUUCACAUACAUCAAUCCCUGUCUUAAUGAUGGUGGUAAAAACUCUGCACCUCUGAUCAUCUGUCCUGGAGUAAACUAAUCACUUAUCUUACUCAGAGGCAACACCGUAUAGUUUACAUCUUAUUUUUUACAGAAUCUGUUUACCGUGGUGACUGAUUUCCACUUCAUUGUUGAGAUUUUUUAUUAUAUGUAUCCCAUUACAUAGGCAACCCUGCAUCAUGACAUGUUAUGUGGAGAAUAUCUAUUUAAACCCACAGACAUUUAUUUUCAAUUCCAAAAGAAAAUGCUGUUUCUAAAAACACAAAAUAUGUCAAGCUGAAUUUUGAGUAAAUUAGUAAAGAAUGCUACAAAAUGUCUGGAUUGUUUUUCAUUUUUCUAUUUGAUGUGCUGCAAAUAUACUGUAUAAAAUAUGGACGUAUUCUCCGUGACGUCACCCAUAGGUUUCUCAAGAGCCAGUGUGAAGCUCAGUGGCUCCGGCAGACGCCAUCUUGGCAGUGCCAGACUCCACCACCUCCCGGCUAAUCCAAAAAUGGGCAAAGACGUGGAGCGUGGGUGGAGCCGAGGCGGGACGAAUGAAGCCUGUUUGCUGAAACCAGCCACCUGUGACGGAACCCACCUGUCACUCAAGUGGCCACAUCCUUAAUUAUGCACAACUUUAAGCCUUAAUAUAAUUCAAACAGGUGAGUUAUUUAAGCAAAGCUCACCCUCAAGUGUAAUAUUGUGAUAAUACAACGGUUACCAACAAAAUAAAAGAUAUAAUCAAAAUGUA